AUGGGAGCGCUUCCUGCGUCGGGGGCGCAGCGUCUCUUGCUGCAGCAUGCACUCGACCGGCCAAGUUGUUCAACUGUAUCUCUAGCACUUUCGGCUGCCCUGGAAGCUGGUGGAGGAAAAAUCAAAAAUCAAUUUCCAGACGAAGAAGAGAAAUACGGCAAGGACGCCUCUAAUGUCGACCUCACACACAUUAUGAAGUGUGCCAUCCUGGCAGGAAGUGGCUCUGCUGAGGAGUCAUUGCAAUCGGCUGUACUAGGUCUUCAUGGAGUAGCCAAGCGACAGUCGAAGAAAUCAAUGAGAGGAGAAGAAAGCCCACUGCAGUUCCACGAAGGCGGCGGCGUCAUGCAUGCGGAGAGUGACGACAACGAGGAUAAGAACGCAGUUUCAGCUGCGUCAGGCAGAAGGAUGUCGCGAGCCAGCGAUGAAGAUGGCCAGCUCUUGCGGAACGCGGCAGGUCAAUUUGUGGCAUCAUCCUCUUCCACCGGAAAACGCGCACUGUCCUCUUUCUUUCCAGAAAGUACUCCUUGCCAGGGUGACAGCAAGAACCUCCAGUCAUCGAAGUUACUGCAAGAGAUCGCAGAGGAAGAUACUCAUCAAGCGAGUGGGAAAAGCGGCAAUCCACCUACAGCACACACUAGUAGAGGCAAAGCAAUAAGUAGUUGCGUGAGCAGCGCUGCGCCAUUUCUGGAGCCGACUGCUAAACAAAAGCAAUCUGCAGGUACAGGCGUAGCUCUCGUUGAAGUUGCAAAGCGUGCU